AAAAAAUCAGGGCUUAUCAGCAUCUUUUGCCUUUUUCAGAACACUGGUUAUAGGAACUCCCCGUUACAGUACAAAAUAAAGUAGAAGGGGGUAAAAUCUGUAAAAAUCGCACAAUCAGUUACUAGUAAAGUGAUCUCUAUCUUAAUUUUCCCUCCAAAAAACUUCCCCAUUGUCUUCUCACAGCACUGUGUGUCAUCGGAACCCUAACCCUAACGCAAAACUCCGUCACUCUCAUUUCUCUCGUUUUUCUCAUGAAAUUGAAUUAAUAAAAUGGGUUCUACUGGAGACUCUGCGUCCAAAAUCAAACCAAUUGAAGAAACUCAAACCCUCAAUUUUAACACUCAGCUCUUCGAUUCCCAGUAUUUUACUGGUGAAAAAGGUGGUGAUGUUAAUAGAGCACAAUUGGGGAAAAGUACUGUACCUUUAUAUGAUAAUGUUUCAGUUAAAGAUGCAGUCUUUGAGACUCAAAUAUUAGAUCUUUGUGAUGACACGCAACCACUCGAUGAUGAUCUGGAUAUCCUUGAACAUAUGGAUACUCAGUUGAUAGAUGAAUUUUUUUCUAAUGGUGGAGAUACUGAUAAAACUGAAGUGUUGGAUGAAAGUGAUCAGCUCUCUGAUGGCGAAUCUUGUAGACGAGUUUCUUCCUCAAGAUUUACUUCAGUUCGUGUAGCAGCUUUUCGGGCCUCUGGUCUUGCAGCUCGUAGAAAAUCCGGGGAAGGAAUCAACAGUGAUUCUUCUUUGCUCCUGAUUAGUAACCUUCAUUCAGAGGAAGAUACUAUUAAAAGUGAUGGAUUAAUAAUACGGGAGGAAGCUGAUAAUGGAAGAUGUACUGAUGAAGUGCAGGGAUUGAUGAAUGGAAGCAGCUGUAAUGUUGGCCAUUCUACAAUGAGAAAGCUUUUCGAUAAGGACUGUGAUGAUGAAGGGCUUGCCUCUUGCAGCAAAAUUCUGGGAGAUGAAGAAAUGUUCGAGUUGCCAUUUGGUGAUGAUGGGCUGGCAGGAUUGAGCUAUAUUGACUCGCAAGAACCUGGAGAGUCAUCUCAAGCCAAUGCUCUUGCCUGUGUGCAAAGGUUGCUUGACGAGAGCAAGGUGUUGUUUGAUAAUGAAUUUGACUUGAGAAAAAGUAGUACUGGAAAAUCAAAUAUCAUUUCAAUAGCUAAAGGUCCACAAAGCUUGGCCAAGAAAACCACUGAUAGGAUUAACCAGAAGAAAAGAAUUUUUGAGUGGGAUGAUGCACAAGAAGAUGAGGGAGGGGGAGACAUUUUCAGGAGGAGAAAGGAAGAAUUCCUUGGUAUUCAAAGAUCCUUGCCAAAGCCUCAGAGGGCCAAAGGAAAUCAUACGGAUGGAUGCAGAGACAAAAUAGGAAAUUUAAAUGUUCAGAAUGAAAAAACUGUUCAUUCUGAUUCAAAAAUGGUACUGCACAAGUUAAAACUAGAUGGCAAGACAUUACCUGAAGCUGAAAUAAACAUAAGGAAGAAUCUUGUGAAUGAGUUCGACGAAGAGUCUAAUCAAGAAACAUUGGCCGGGAGACUCAAAGCUGCUGUUACCAGGAAGGAUAUGCCAGAAGUGCUUAGUGUGGGUUUGGACACUCAAAUGGCUGCUGAAGCCAUGGAAGCUUUAGUCAAUGGUGAUGGAAUUUCAAACUCUGAUGGUGACGAUGUGCUGGGAAAUUCCGAGGAUACUUUAAAAGGAUUGCAAGGAAGGAAAGGUAAAAAGAAUUCUCGUUCAAUGCGUCAAUCUGUUGAUGGAGACUAUGAUAUUGGAGUUUCCACAAGGCAAUCCAGGAAAACAAAGAGCAGCAAACAACGUUCAACUUCAUAUCAGAAGGAUUAUGAGACUGCUAGGAUCGAGUGUGAUAUGAAUCUAGUAAUGACAAGAAGCAAGAGGGCUAAUUUAGAUGCUGAACUCAGUAGGACUAAUAUAGUUAAGAAAGUGCGAUCUAAAACGGCACGACAGACUAAAAGUGUCCUACUUGAUGAGGUUGAUGGAUGCCAUAAAACUGUUUUGGGCGGAAGUAAAUCAGCUAAGAGACAGAAGUUGGUGGAGCGACAUGCUUCUUCUGUCCCUGUUGCUCGACGAACUAGGCAAACAUUGUUCACUUCUCAAGAUACAGCUGCUGAGAUUGCAUUCAAUGACUGUGGACAAGAAAAGAAUUGUAUAGUGGAUGUUGGUGCCAUAGAAGAAACUAAAGCUGGUACAAGUGUUGAGACUGCUAAGGUUUUGGAAGGUAAACGGAAAUCAUCAGAUGUGGUUUUCACGCAAUUUGGAGAACUUGAAACUUCCACAUCAAAAAUGACAGCCAUGAAUAGUGGCUUUAGCUGUCCAAGACGAAGAAGAUCUAGUCAGCGAUUAUCUGGUCCGCCAACUGGAACUUGCAACUUAGAUGCUCAGUUUAAGCUAUCUGAUCAGCCAGUAAAUAUUAAAAAAUCUGCACCUUUGAACAAAAGAUCACGGAGUACUGCCAAAAUUAUUAUGCUUUCUGAAUUAAGAGCAAAGAGGAAAACACGAUCCUCGACAACUGUUUAUCCAGAUAUGCCUUGUCCAAAUUUCAAUGGAGAACUACCAGCAGAAACUUUGGACAAAUCAGGUUUAGGUGGUGUUUCUCGUAAUUGUCCUUCUCCCUGUGGGACUAUGGUUUCUAAAGAUGAAAUCGCUGAGAAGAAAGUCAAGCAACCUGCAAGACAGAUUUCUGAUUAUGAAGUGCAUGCAGAUAAUUUACCUAAGGAGGCAACUGAACCAUCUAAGUCAAACUGUGUUUCCCCAGUUAACCUCACAAGACUUGUGAAUGAUGCAUCACCUAUCUGUAUCAGCGAUGAAACUUUAAAACGAUCAUGCAAGAAGAGCACAUGUAAGUUGUCCCUCGUGAGAGAAAUUAAUAGCUUAUAUAGCACAGAGCUGGAAUAUAGUUCUCAGUCAAAAGAAUUAAGGAGGAGAAGAGAUUUGGCUAGUGUUAGAGUCUUGUUCAGCCACCACUUGGACGAAGACACAAUUAAGCAACAAAGAAAGAUUUUGGACCGUCUUAAAGUUCCCAUAGCAUCCUCUAUUGCAGAUGCAACACACUUCAUUGCUGAUGAAUUUGUGCGUACAAGGAAUAUGCUAGAGGCGAUUGCUUCUGGAAAACUGGUGGUGACUCAUUUAUGGCUUGAGAAUGUUGGACGGGCUAAAUAUUACAUUGAUGAGCAAAAAUACAUUCUGCGGGACUCAAAGAAGGAAAAGGAGAUAGGAUUUAAUUUGCCAGUUUCACUAGAGCAUGCUCGUCAGCAUCCACUUUUAGAGGGUCGGAGAGUUUUAAUCACUCCGAAGAUAAAGCCAGGCAAAGAAAUAAUUUCAGGCUUGGUGAAAUCAGUUUCUGGUCAGGCGUUGGAGAGAGUUGGCAGAUCUUCUCUGAAGGAUGAUACGAUCCCAGAUGAUCUGCUGAUUUUAUCCUGUGAAGAAGAUUAUGAAGUUUGUAUACCUUUCCUCGAAAAAGGGGCAGCUGUUUACAGUUCAGAGCUGCUGCUGAAUGGAAUUGUUACGCAGAAGCUGGAAUACGAAAGGCAUCAGCUCUUUGCAGAUCAUGUGAAAAGAACUCGUUCUACGAUAUGGCUAAAACAAGAUGAUGGUCGUUUUAGUCCUGUGAUAAAACCUAAAUAGUAUUCAUUUUUUUCACCCUUCUCUUUUAUUUUGUGUGUAUAAAAUAAGUGUUCUUAGGUUUAUUUUCUUCGUUGUAAUGUAGAAAUAAAUUAAGCUGUAUCAUCAUCACAAUGUAUAAUUUUUCCUUA